GGCAGAAGCUUUGAGAGCCGGUUUAAAUGAUCCCUUUUCCUUUCGUCCAUGAGACAAGCUAAGUUCCAGAGAGAGGGUGCCACGCUGUGCUCGUGUCACUUCAAAUUCUUGAAGUGACUGAAAUUUGGAGGUCAGUUGUUACUACAUCAUAACCCAGCCAAUUCUAGUUAGCCUGUUUUCUUCCUAACUUCUUUAAUCGUUCUUCAUAAGUCACAGUCUCAGCCCCUCACCAUUCUGACCACUGUCCCCGGAUUCCACUCAGUUUAGUCAUUAUCCCCCUUAAAAUGUGGAGCCCGAAUCUGAACCCGGAACCCCAGGUGCAAUCCCACUAGGGCACAACACAAUGGGUUCCUGAGCCCUUUGAUCAUAGAGCCCCUUGUUGCUUUGGUGUUUGUCUGUGUGUGUGCUUUCAUCAUCGGCUGAGCCACGCUGUUAACUCGCAGUGAGCCUGUGAACCAAUAACUAGAGAAAAAAGAUUUUUCCCAUUGUCCUCUCGACAUAUAUUGGGAAACAAAAUUUUUGAUCCGCGUUCAAGUAGACAGGGCAGAAUUUUCCAACUGCUACGUGAUCUUUUAAAGACAAGUUAGUGGCAGACCAUUUACAGAAACCAGAUGUUCUGUCUUUUGGCUCUGAGCAUGCUGCUAAUCUUCAUCAUCUCGUGUACUGAACGAGGGCUGCAGAGCUGCAGCACCGGCAGGAGUAGGCGCUCGGUAGGACGGGGCCUGCACAACCUCCCCGGUAGUCUGCAGAGCGGAUUCUAGGAAGGAUCCUUUUCCGCGGCGCCCUGGAGGCAGGGACCCACCUUCCCACGCAGGCGCUCUCAGGCCCCGCCUCCUCACCCGCCCGCGGCGUGGUGUCGGAUAGAGCCCUCAGCCCCUCCCUCUCUGGCGCUGAUACCCAAUGGGCAGCCGCAGGCCUUUAGCGGGGGCGGGGCACCCCCUGGACGCCGUUCUGGUUGGCUCGCGGCCCGGCGCAGCGCAUGACGUUAUUACGACUCUGUCACGUCGCGCUGCGACUGAGGCGUGGCGUCUGCUGGGGCACCUGAAGGAGACUUGGGGGCACCCCCGUCGUGCCUCUUGGGCUGUGAGGACUCGCCGCUGCCGCCACUGCCUGUGCUUCAUGAGGAAGAUGCUCGCCGCCGUCUCCCGCGUGUUGUCUGGCGCUUCUCAGAAGCCGGCAAGCAGAGUGCUAGUAGCAUCCCGUAAUUUUGCAAAUGAUGCAACAUUUGAAAUUAAGAAAUGUGACCUUCACCGGCUGGAAGAAGGCCCUCCUGUCACAACAGUGCUCACCAGGGAGGAUGGGCUCAAAUACUACAGGAUGAUGCAGACUGUGCGCCGAAUGGAGUUGAAAGCAGAUCAGCUGUAUAAACAGAAGAUUAUUCGUGGUUUCUGUCACUUGUGUGAUGGUCAGGAAGCUUGCUGUGUGGGCCUGGAGGCCGGCAUCAACCCCACAGACCAUCUCAUCACAGCCUACCGGGCUCACGGCUUUACCUUCACCCGGGGCCUUUCCGUCCGAGAAAUUCUCGCAGAGCUUACAGGACGAAAAGGAGGUUGUGCUAAAGGGAAAGGAGGAUCGAUGCACAUGUAUGCCAAGAACUUCUACGGGGGCAAUGGCAUCGUGGGAGCGCAGGUGCCCCUGGGCGCUGGGAUUGCUCUAGCCUGUAAGUAUAAUGGAAAAGAUGAGGUCUGCCUGACUUUAUAUGGCGAUGGUGCUGCUAACCAGGGCCAGAUAUUCGAAGCUUACAACAUGGCAGCUUUGUGGAAAUUACCUUGUAUUUUCAUCUGUGAGAAUAAUCGCUAUGGAAUGGGAACGUCUGUUGAGAGAGCAGCAGCCAGCACUGAUUACUACAAGAGAGGCGAUUUCAUUCCUGGGCUGAGAGUGGAUGGAAUGGAUAUCCUGUGCGUCCGAGAGGCGACAAGGUUUGCUGCUGCCUAUUGUAGAUCUGGGAAGGGGCCCAUCCUGAUGGAGCUGCAGACUUACCGUUACCACGGACACAGUAUGAGUGAUCCUGGAGUCAGUUACCGUACACGAGAAGAAAUUCAGGAAGUAAGAAGUAAGAGUGACCCUAUUAUGCUUCUCAAGGACAGGAUGGUGAACAGCAAUCUUGCCAGUGUGGAAGAACUAAAGGAAAUUGAUGUGGAAGUGAGGAAGGAGAUUGAGGAUGCUGCCCAGUUUGCCACGGCCGAUCCUGAGCCACCUUUGGAAGAGCUGGGCUACCACAUCUACUCCAGCGACCCACCUUUUGAAGUUCGUGGUGCCAAUCAGUGGAUCAAGUUUAAGUCAGUCAGUUAAGGGGAGGAGAAGGGGAGGUUAUACCUUCAGGGGGCUACCAGACAGUGUUCUCAACUUGGUUAAGGAGGAAGAAAAGCCAGUCAAUGAAAUUCUUGUUGGUUAAGAAGAAAACCCAGUUUUCAAUGAAAUUUCAAUGAAAUUCUUGUAAACUUCCAUUAAGAUUAAGUGGGUAGAUUGAGCAGGUAGUAAUUGCAUGCAGUUUGUACAUUGCUGCAUUAAAAGAUGAAUUAUUGAGUGCUUAAAGAUUA